UCUAUUGUUUUGUCCCAAUUAAGGCACCAUGUGGAGGCAACCUAUGACUUGCCCAUUUUACUGCUUAAAUGAUCACGUACAACAUUAUCGCCUCGUUCUCAAUUUUCUCCUAGCAUAAUUUCGAUUAUCCCUAGCAAUGGUAUUAUGCAGGGGAAAAUCAAAGGCUGGCCGAAUGGCGGUUGCGUACAGUACAAAAAAAGAAAAUCGAUUAAAUUCAAAAGCAAAGUUAAACUACCCGUGAUAAGGUAUCAUGAGGAGGUUUUAAUACGAGAAUUUUGUAUUGUCUGUAUCGACCUUAUGACAUUUACCUGUGAGCAGCCAGAUGAUCCCAUCAGCUCUUUAUUAGAUAUAUGACUGCUAUAGCAAGAAAUGACUUUAUAGGCGUUUCGACUCAGAUAAGCUACUUCAGGAAUUUCAACUUACUGUAUGAUCCAUUUUGAAAGACUCGUUGUGCAUGCUCAACCACUCACGUUCGGGUAUACUCCAUGGUGCUUCGGGCACCGUGGCAUCCAAGUGACAAUAAAAAUAAAUUCUUAACAAUCGGGCGGAAUACAAAGAGUUGCUUGAGCCUGAAGUACUGUCCAUACCAGCUUGACGUCACCACGGAGGCAUUGUCGGUGAUAAAAAUAGGGUUUUCUAUCUCACGCGAGGCUGGACUUACAUACAUUUAUAUAUACAUGUAUACAUCCGUCUAUACCAUGAAUGUAUGUACAAUUAUCAGUAUACCCUGGAAGGACGAAGCCCAAUUGAACACAGGGUCCAGAGUACGACUUAAACAGGUACCAUGGUAUAAGGUCCAGUGGACUGAUAGAAUUGGCUCAGAGCGCAAGGCACUAAUGCAAUCCAUUAUCACUCUUUCUCCCCCAACUCUAAAACAAAUAGGAAAGAAUGAGAAUAGUACAUACCACAACGUCAUUCUUCAACGGACCCAUUAAGGUUUCCUCUUCAGAGAAGCGAACUGUGCCGGGGUUCUUCCCUUGCCAACUUUGGAGCAAGGUAAGUACUCGCGGCUCUACUCUUGUUUAGGGGCACAUGCC